UUUUCUUUUUUUUUGUUUCCCUUUUUUUUUUCAUUUAACUGUAUUCAACGAUACAAAUAUUCCCCCUUCUUUUUUAGCCCCCUUACAUUUACACAGAAAAAAAAAAGAUGCCCGUCCCUAUUGAAUACAGUUCUAUUCGUCGUAUGAGUACAAUUACUGUACCCAAACAAGACAUAAACUUUGAUGCCUAUGACUUUCAAUUGUGCCAACCUCAAAGUGAUAUUAAAGGAGCAUUUGAGUCUCGUGAAUUAGAAGCCACAUUCUGUCGUGAUUUUGCUUGUUGUGGUCUUAUUCUAGAAGACCUUCAUGAUUUAUUACAACAUUAUGAAGAAUGUCAUGUUAGACUUGAAGACGAAGAAAGUAGUUUUUAUGAUGAUAAUGAAGCUAGCUCUAGCAGUAGCAGUUGGUCAGUCUCUUCAUCUAGUAGCCAAACUGGUAGCGUGCUUGAAAGUCCAGUCAUUGAACAAGAAGGACAAGAGACUAUAGUAGCACUGAAAAAGAAAGCUGCUGCCUAUCUUUCUGAUUUGUACAACUCUACACCCCUUGUGUCCCCAACAACAACAUAUGAAGAAGAUAAUUUACCAGUGAAAACUGGAAAGAAGAGAAGCUUUGGCCAAUUAAGUGCUUUUGAUUUAUUGACCCAAUCUGCUGCUAAGAAAAUAGCUCUCGCUUCUGGUGAUUUACCAUCACCUUUAUUAACCGAUGAAGAAUUCUUGGCUCAAGCAGGUGCCUUAUUAGCUUCAACCAAUGCCAACUCAUUUCAUCAUGGCGCCGAUAAACCUUAUAAAUGCCCCGUCGGAGGCUGUGACAAGGCUUAUAAGAACCCUAACGGUCUUAAAUAUCAUAAUCAACACGGCCAUUGUAACAUGACAGCUGAUGAGAGCGAAAACAUUGCUUCUAAACCUUAUCAGUGUACUAUUGGCGACUGCGGCAAAAGAUACAAGAACUUGAAUGGUCUGAAAUAUCAUAUCGAACAUUCCCACAUGGCUGCUCUAAAUCAUACUUUAGCUACUUUUGGUCAUUCCAUCUUUAACACCACUGAAGAUAAUGCUUCUUUAUUCUAAAAAUGUUCUUUCUAUAGAACCUUUCUUCCCCUAUUUGUAAAGAAAAUCCACUCGUCCUAUUCCACUAUUGUAUAUAUCUCUCUCUCCAAAAGCUUUUUCUCUCUCUCUUUUUACUCCAAAAAAAAAUUCUUAUAUUCUUAUUAAUUUCUUACUUCAAUAUAUAAAUAAAAAAGUGUUUUUUAUUCCCUAAA